GCAAGAACAAAUCAGUUAAAAAAUUGCAAAUUGUUGCAAGUUGUGACUAAACUGAACUGAAGAGUUGCAAACAGCUCUUUCAUUCUACCUGGAGCUGAGCCCCCAAAUCUAGAAGAUCCGGAAUCCUGUUUCUCGUUGGAGAUCACUCCACAAAACUGGAAAACCAGGGCCAGGCCCUGAGAUCUGGCAAUAUUUUAAAAAAGUCAUAUGCCACCAUAAUAUUGGCAUGUGUAAUGAAAAGGAGACCUGCCUAAUUGUUUACAAAGCUUUAAGAAAUGGGCUGGAUUUUUUUCUGUUGAACUUUGAUGACCUGCCUUCCUGAUAAAGGUGAAUAGUUCUCAAGCAGCUAUAAAACAACAGAGUUGUAGGGAACAAGAACUAGAGUAGCUAGAAUAGUUGAGUGAGCAGGAUGAAGUACCUAGCUAUUCUCUUUGCUAUUGUCGCUCUUUCUGAAUCUAUCAUUCGGAUUCCCUUGCAGAGAGGAAAGAAAGGAAGAAACACUCUAAAGGAAAAUGGUUUGUUGGACUCUUUUCUCAAGGAACAUCGUUAUGACAUUGGUAGCAAAUAUCGACCCAUGUUGGAAGCUGCCGAAGUAGCUGGUGAACCACUUAUGAAUUAUUUAGAUACAGAAUACUAUGGAACAAUCAAUAUUGGAACUCCACCGCAGGCGUUUACUGUUGUGUUUGACACAGGAUCAUCCAAUCUUUGGGUACCCUCUACUUACUGCAGUGAUGCACCAUGUCAAAACCACCCAAGGUUUGAUCCUUCUCAGUCUUCUACUUUCGAGAACACACAGCAGACUAUGUCAAUUCAGUAUGGCACUGGAAGCAUGCAAGGCAUUUUAGGAUAUGAUACUCUGACGGUAACUGGCAUUACGGUCCCCAAGCAGGAGUUUGCCUUGAGCUCCAGUGAACCAGGUGUCUUCUUCACCUAUGUUCCGUUUGAUGGGAUUCUGGGCUUAGGCUACCCUUCAAUUGCUGUUUCCGAUGUAACUCCUGUCUUUGAUAACAUGAUGAAUGAAGGCUUGGUGCAAGAAAAUUUGUUCUCUGUCUAUCUUGGCCGAGGAGGAACUGGUAGUAUAAUCACUUUUGGUGGAAUUGAUGAAUCUUACUAUACUGGUUCCAUUAACUGGAUACCUGUCACCGAGCAAGGUUACUGGCAAAUUGAGUUGGACAGUAUUUUAGUGAAUGGCGAAGCAAUUGCUUGCAGUGAUGGCUGCCAAGCCAUUGUUGAUACGGGUACUUCCCUCGUGGCUGGCCCACCAUCUGACAUAAGCAACCUCCAAAAUGCCAUUGGAGCCACUCCAGGACAAUAUGGUCAGUAUGACAUCAACUGUGGCAACCUUGGCAAUAUGCCUGAUGUUGUUUUCGUGAUCAACGGAAUUCAGUUUCCUCUGACUCCAACAGCCUAUACACUAGAGGAAUCACAAGAAGAGUGUCACAGUGGUUUCCAAAACAUGUCUGGAGAUCUCUGGAUCUUAGGCGAUGUGUUCAUAAGAGAAUACUACAGCAUUUUUAACAGGGCAAAUAACCAAGUUGGAUUGGCAAAAGCAGUCUAGAACAACUUCAAACAACAUCAAGUGUUAAAAUUAUCCAACUAAUCAACUUAGAUUUAUUUUGAUGUUGCACUAAUGAUUUUGAGCUAAUAGGAGCAACUUUAAUGAUAUCCCUUUAAAAGCAGUGUCUGCCCAAUGACAUCAAAGAUGUUAGUAGCACUGUUUCUGAGCUUGUUUGCAAGAAAUCAAAUAAUAAAUUUUCUUGAAAUU